AUGCCCGACAUCAUCGAGUUCGCGCUCGGGACGAUCCUCGGCAACAUGAGCACGGCCGUGGUGCUGGCGCUCGUCUACUUCAACUUCCUCCUCUUCGAAGACUACUUCCGCGUCAUCAUCUGGAGCAUCCUCUUCAGCCAGGCGCUGCGCGGCGCCAAGGAAAACGUCUGCCGCAUGCUUGCCUAUCUCAGCCACGCCAACGAGAUCCAACGCGACGGCCUUCUCUACUCGAUCGUGACGCAGCUCGGGCCGUACCUUAUGCGGUCGUCCGGUCCGACCGACCUCGCGCACAAGCAGCGCCGCAUGCAAGAAUUCAUUCUCGACAACGGCAUCUUCAUCUUUGCGAUGAUCGGCGCCGUCUCGAUCUACGUGCGCAUGUUUAGCUGGCUCUCGUUCGUGCAGCUCGCGAUCGCGCUCCUGCUCUGCGUCGUGGCGUUUGUCUGGGUCGCCGACCGGCGCAUUUUUCACUACCGCAUCUUUGUGUCGGACGAGGUUCUUGUCUCGACGCUGCUGUUACUGGGCUGCUGCACGAUCGGCGUCUUUGUCCUCGUGUUUCUCGGUACCGAGAGCUACGUGGAAGGCUCCCGCGCUGCCAUGCACUUUACGAGCUGGGUGCACACGAACGUCAUCAACGACGAGCGCACGCGGAAGAUGUGGGGCGACCAAGUGCACAACGGCAAGGCCAUGGUGGCCUCGGGCCUGCGCGAGAUCGAGGGCCAAUACAACUCGACCAUGUGGUUUGGUCCGCUCAAAGCGUUGGUGCUUUCGUACUAUGACGCGAGCGACGGCGCCGUGCCAGUGGUCUCGGACCCGAUCAUCAAUGCGACGACGGUCGCCACGAUGCUCGACAUUCCGACCAACAUGACGUGGACGUCGGUGUUUACCCUCGCGUACGCGCAGUUUAACCUGACCUCGACCGACGUGACUGACUGGACGAGCAAAGGCCUCGAGAUCUCGUCGAUGGCGUUUGGCUCGGUGUUCCAGAUUGUGUUUUUCGUGCUCACGUUUGUGAUUGCAUUCAUCAGCAUUGGGAUCAAGGCCGUCUUUUUUGUCACGUCGCUCUUUUACCUCCUCUGCACCAAGUGGGACCCGAUCGAGCGCUUUGUCUAUGAUUUGAUGCCGAUUUCGCCCGAGAAACGCCCGGCGCUCGUCAACUCGCUGCGACGCUCGAUCGAAGGCGUGUUUUCAUUGCCAAUGAAGAUUUCAAGUCUCCACGCGAUUGUGACGUUGGUCUCGCUGAGCAUGAUGGCCAAUGAUUUCGUGUACCUGGGAACCUUUAUCACGUUUUUCAUUUCGAUCGUGCCCAUCAUCCCCGCGUACCUCGUGUGCAUUCCGUGGGUGCUCGCGCUGUGGUCAUCCACGUCGAUCGUCAAAGCCCUUCUGCUCUUUGUCAUUCAUUACGUGGCGUUUUCCUGGAUCGAUCAAGUGCUCUACGAGAAGAGCUUGACGUCCAUCAAUGCGUACGUCUCGGCGCUCAGCGUUGUCUUUGGUGUCUACGUCUUUGGCCUCGAGGGCGUUGUCUUCGGUCCGCUUUUGGUCUGCGGUGUCAACUGGGCCUACGAGGCCGAUCGCCGCGAAGAGCGACCCACGAUGCAGGGCAACAUCUUUUCGAACGCGUAUCGCGCCAUCUCGGGUGGCCUCAACGACAAUCUCUCGCGACGCUUCUCGUUUGACGCGACGUCGCCCGCGACCGUGUGCGUGACGCUCCAAGUCCACGCGCUGCCGUCUUCGCCAACGCUGUUUUCCGCGCCGAGCCGGGACGCGCCGCUGGUCCGCUUCAUUGC